UCUGAAUCGUCCAGUGCAGGUCUAUGCGGUCUGUUGUUAGGCGAAUUAGGACAAGAUAUGGUAGUUGCAUCCGACUCAGGACUACUUGAUCUUGAUCUUGAAUCGUCCGCAAUUGGAUCCAUCCUCUUUGCACAUCAUGCGCUGUACUUCCGUUUCAUUGUGUUUCUUAGAAUAAAUGAGUCUCUGUAAGGUGACUGCUGCGUCUGUAAAUUUGGCGAACAACCAUGGCACUUCAUUUUUUUCGUUCCUGCUCUUCAAUUGAAGAGAACAUAUUUACAUUAGGCAUUGUGAAUAUUGUAAUGGCGAACGAGAUGCUCCGAAAUAUGUACAAAUCAAGGCCUCCACCUCUACCACCUCACUUUGGAGACGACGACGACGAGUCUAGUGACGAUAUCUUGCACAAUAGCUUCAGUUCAUUAACAGCAGUUCACCCAUUCAAAAUGAAUCGAUCCGCUAACUAUAGCCUAUCCGAUCGAUAUGCGCCUUUAGCUUGGAACGAAUACUUUGAAAACAAAAGAUAUCUAACAGUACCUGGAGACAGAGCAGAGGAAGCUGAAAUUACAUUCAAUAUCUAUGAGACUCAUGGAAACUCUGGAGCUCCUGUAUUUGUCAUGCAUCAUGGUGCUGGUCUUAGUGCACUGUCGUUUGCUUUGACAGCGAAGGAAAUUAAGAAUAUUGUGAAUAAGGAUGCAAGUGUUCUGAGCUUUGAUUGUCGUGGCCAUGGUGAGACUAUGUCUAGCGAUGACAACAACCUUUCUUUAGAUCGAUUGGCCAAAGACCUCAAAAAUGUUAUUCACGCUGUAUAUGGGGAUCAUCCCCCGGAAAUCAUUCUUGUCGGACACAGUAUGGGUGGAGCUGUCGUCUCAGAGGCAGCAUCCCGUGGCAUGAUCCCAAACCUAAUCGGUGUUGCAGUCCUUGAUAUUGUCGAAGGUGUAGCUAUUGAGACAUUGGCUAAUAUGAAUGGAUGGCUGGAGAAGCGACCAAACAUGUUCCGAUCUCUUGAUAAGGUUGUUCAAUGGGGAGUAAAAUCAGGGACGGUACGUAAUGUCGAAUCGGCACGAGUCUCAUGUCCAUCUUUAGUCAUUUUAUCUAAAGAUUCAACAGUAGAAAAUCCAUGUUACAUCUGGCGUACAGAUUUGGCAGCAUCGGAGCAAUAUUGGAAGGAGUGGUUUACUGGAUUGACCCAGAAGUUUUUAUCAGCGAAAGCAGGAAGGCUGCUAGUCCUUGCAGGUACAGAUCGACUAGAUAAAGACAUGACGAUCGCUCAAAUGCAAGGCAAAUUUCAAAUGCUUGUAUUCCCAAAUUCAGGACACGCAAUACAAGAGGACGAGCCUGAUCGUAUGGCUCAUGAGUUGGUCGCGUUUUGGAAAAGAAACGAACGCCUUGUACUCCCACCGCGACCUUUCCUUCCUUAAAAUCUUAAAAUUAAUUAAAUAAAAAGUGACUGCUCUGUUCGCGAU